ACCACAACCGGCAUGCCUUCCUCCAGAAGCGAGCUCCGAGGGCCAAGACCUCCUCCUCUGAGCGUGAACAAGGCAUCAUGGAAGGCAAAGAAGCAGGCCGCCGGCGGCAGCCGAGACCGUAUCGCCGUCUUCUACGUGCACUCGCCGAAGGUGAUCCACACCAGUCCGCAAGAUUUCAUGAGCGUGGUGCAGCGCUUGACCGGAAAAUCGCCACCGUCAUCAUCGUCCUCACUCCGUGGCUCCGGCCACAGCGCCGACGAGAUCGGAGCAAGAGGAGGAGGUGGCGGUGAAGACCCCUUGCUGCUUACGCUGGGCUCAUCAUCAUCCAUGGCGUCGCCGGCCAUUUCUCCGAGUGUGUUUUUCUCUUCUCCCGACUACACAUCAGCCCUCUGUUCUAAUCGGAAGGGGUUUUAGUUUAUUAAUCAUGUGCCUUUAAAGGCGGUUCGUUGGCCCCAGCGCCUCCGUCAAUUCGUCCCUAGGCUAACACGGAGACGAUAAAUCACAGAUGACUACUAACUAUUAGUGCAAAUGAUCAAAACAUGAAGGAGGGUUUUAGUUUAUUAAUCAUGGAUGUCGAUGUUGUUGUAAUUUUUCUUUUAAUCCGAUCCCUUCGGAAGGAUAUAUAAUUAGCUUCUGUGUAGAAAAUUAAUUAGUAGAUGAUUAAUUGGUAGUUGAUUCAAUUUUAGUUGUGGAUGGCCAUUAAUUGUUUGAUGCUUUAACCUUCAAUUGACGUGUGAGAAAGAAGGAAUCCUUAUGCGAGCAGCGUGCGGCGAACCAGAGGAUGAAUGGCCGUGGGGGAUGGAGCCUACGCUAUAAAAGGAGGAGCAAUUGCUGCACCCAGUUGCCCUCCUCCCUUUUCCACUCUCUCUCAAUUCAAGUCGAUUCGAU